AUGAGUGUCUUGUCAGGAGACCAAAUCCAGGUACCAGAAGGCUUUAAACUGCAUACAGAAAACAGCGCACACUUGUUACUGCCGGAUUCGAAUGACGCAUUCCUUAACCCGGUGCAAGAGUUUAACCGUGAUCUAAGUGUUGCAUGUAUCCGGGUUUGGGCUGCAGAACGGGACGAACAGAAGAAGCAGAAAUGGCUCCUCAACAAUCGACGACAACAUGACUCAGAGAAACCUGUUGGUGAUAUGCAAACCGAUGACCCGGAAAGCUCAGAGAAGUCGACCAGUCUUGAAAAAGAGGCCCUCUCGGCGACAGGAUUGAGGUCAAUUCGUUAUGCUAAGGAGAUCCCGAGUGUCAAAUAUGUACUGGCCAAUGAUUUAUCGCCUGCCGCAUGUGAAGCUAUGAGACGAAAUGUAGAAAUAAACGGGCUAGGGCCAGGUGCUUCCGACAGUUCGGGUUCUGAUCUAGGCAAAAAUAGCUCUCUUAUGUAUUCGCAUAGAGUGGGCCAAGAUCGCGUUGAUGUAGUAGACCUCGAUCCUUAUGGAACUGCUGCACCAUUCAUUGACGCUGCUGUACAAUGCGUCAAAGAUGACGUCGAACAAGCUGGCAAAGGUAGCUCUGGUCCGAGUUACAGCUAUAAAUCUCAUGCUGGACCGACCGUUCCUCAACGAUGCCCGGAAUGCCAGUCCUCCCUUCAUGUGAGAUUUGGUUUGCCUUACUCUGGACUUGUACUGACAAAACUCCCAGAUGGCAGGACCUAUGUGAAGGUCGUAAAGCACAUUGAUGAGGACCCCUCUCGUUAUGGGACCUCCACCAGAAUCAAGGGAAUGGUAACGGUUGCUUCUGAGGAGCUGCCAGUCCCCUUCUACUUCACUCCAAGCAAGGUCGCAGGAUCUUUCCGAUGCGAAGUCCCCUCUUUGGCAGAGACAACGUGA